CGGUGGCUGCACCGGCCCCAUGAGACCGCGGCCCCCCGGCGCCUGGGCCGCCCGCAGCCCCUGACCUGACCUGCCCUCACAAUGGCGGAAGCCACCUCCGGCGCUGGGGGCACAUCCCUGGAGGGCGAGCGUGGCAAGAGGCCCCCGCCGGAGGGCGAGCCUGCAGCCCCGGCGUCCGGAGUUCUGGAUAAGCUUUUUGGGAAGCGGCUCCUGCAGGUGGGUCGGUAUCUGGUGUCCCACAAAGCAUGGAUGAAGACGGUGCCCACGGAAAACUGUGACGUGUUGAUGACCUUCCCAGAUACGACCGAUGACCACACGCUGCUAUGGCUGCUGAACCACAUCCGCGUGGGCAUCCCCGAGCUCAUCGUGCAAGUCCGCCACCACCGCCACACACGCGCCUACGCCUUCUUCGUCACCGCCACAUAUGAGAGCCUACUCAGAGGGGCCGACGAGCUGGGUCUGCGCAAAGCAGUGAAGGCCGAGUUUGGCGGGGGCACCCGCGGCUUCUCCUGCGAGGAGGACUUCAUCUACGAGAAUGUGGAGAGUGAGCUGCGCUUCUUCACCUCCCAGGAGCGCCAGAGCAUCAUCCGCUUCUGGCUGCAGAACCUUCGUGCCAAGCAGGGCGAGGCACUACACAAUGUGCGCUUUCUGGAGGACCAGCCAAUCAUCCCUGAACUGGCGGCCCGCGGGAUCAUCCAGCAGGUGUUCCCAGUCCACGAGCAGCGCAUCCUGAACCGUCUCAUGAAGUCAUGGGUGCAGGCUGUGUGUGAAAACCAGCCUCUAGAUGACAUCUGCGACUACUUUGGUGUGAAGAUUGCCAUGUACUUUGCCUGGCUGGGUUUCUACACAUCGGCAAUGGUGUACCCGGCGGUCUUCGGCUCAGUCCUGUACACAUUCACAGAGGCUGAUCAGACAAGCCGGGAUGUAUCCUGCGUGGUCUUUGCCCUCUUCAACGUGGUCUGGUCAACGCUGUUCUUGGAGGAGUGGAAACGGAGGGGGGCUGAGCUGGCCUACAAGUGGGGAACACUGGACUCACCCGGGGAGGCUGUGGAGGAGCCACGACCCCAGUUCAGGGGCGUGCGGCGCAUCAGCCCUGUGACUCAGGCCGAGGAGUUCUACUACCCGCCCUGGAAGCGGCUGCUCUUCCAGAUGCUUGUCAGUCUUCCCUUGUGCCUCACCUGCCUAGCCUGUGUGUUCCUGCUCAUGCUCGGCUGCUUCCAGCUCCAGGAGCUGGUGCUGAGCGUGAAGGGGCUGCCCCGUCUUGCCCGCUUCCUGCCGAAAGUCAUGCUGGCCCUGCUGGUCAGCGCAAGUGCCGAGGGCUAUAAGAAGCUGGCUGUCUGGCUCAACGACAUGGAGAACUAUCGGCUGGAGAGUGCCUAUGAGAAGCACCUCAUCAUCAAGGUCGUUCUGUUCCAGUUCGUCAACUCCUACCUGAGCCUUUUCUACAUCGGCUUCUACCUCAAGGACAUGGAGCGCCUGAAAGAGCUCCUGAUCGUCCUGUCCCUGUCCCAGAGCCUCGAGCGGCAGCUUUGGGCGGUGCUGGUCCCGCUCGUGGCCCUGCGGUUCCGCCUGCUCCUCCUCUCCCUCCAGGGCCUCCUUCUUGAGGCCCGGGCCAAAAUGCUGGCCACACUGCUGAUCACCCGCCAGUUCCUCCAGAACGUUCGAGAGGUUCUGCAGCCCCACCUGUAUCGGCGGCUGGGCCGAGGAGAGCUUGGCCUGCGGGCGGCCUGGGAGCUGGCCCGUGCCCUGCUUGGCCUCCUGAGCCUCCAGCGCCCCGCACGCCGCCACCUUGAACCCCCGGCUGAAGAGGGCGGCGGUGGCAGCAGCAGUGGAGGGGGUCGCAGGUGUCUCAGUGGGGGCUGCGGGGCACCUGAGGAGGAAGAGGAGGCCGCGGUGGAGCGGCGGCCUGCAGGGGAAGGGGGAGAGGUGGGGAACGGGCCCCGGGGGGACAGAGAGGAGGAGGACGAAGAGGAGGAGGAGGACGACGAAGAGGAGGAGGAUGAGGACGAGGAAGGCGAGGAGGCCGGCCUCCUGGACUGCGGGCUCCGACUGAAGAAGGUCAGCUUUGCCGAGCGGGGGGCUGGGCGGCGUCGGCCGGGCCCAAGCCAGGAGGCCCUCCUGGAGGAGGGGAGCCCCACCAUGGUGGAGAAGGGGCUGGAACCGGGCGUGUUCACACUGGCCGAGGAGGACGAUGAGGCUGAGGGGGCUCCCAGCAGCCCCGAACGGGAGCCUCCCCCAGCUGUCCUGCUCCGCCGGGCUGGAGGUGAGGGCCGAGACCAGGGGCCGGAUGGGGGCCCGGAUCCAGAGCCGGGCUCAGGCGACUCAGCCCGGAAGCAGCGGCGGCAGAACCGGUCAUCUUGGAUCGACCCACCCGAGGAGGAACACUCAUCUCAGCUCACCCAGGCGGAGCUCGAGAGCUGCAUGAAGAAAUACGAGGACACGUUCCAGGACUACCAGGAGAUGUUCGUGCAGUUUGGCUAUGUCGUGCUUUUCUCAUCUGCCUUCCCCCUGGCUGCCCUCUGCGCCCUCAUCAACAACCUCAUCGAGAUCCGCAGUGACGCCCUCAAGCUGUGCACGGGGCUGCAGCGGCCCUUUGGGCAGCGCGUGGAAAGCAUUGGCCAGUGGCAGAAGGUGAUGGAGGUCAUGGGCGUCCUGGCAAUCGUGGUCAAUUGCUAUCUAAUUGGCCAGUGUGGGCAGCUGCAGCGCCUCUUCCCCUGGCUCAGUCCCGAGGCAGCCAUCGUGUCCGUGGUGGUGCUCGAGCACUUCGCUCUGCUCCUCAAGUACCUCAUCCAUGUGGCCAUCCCUGACAUCCCAGGCUGGGUGGCUGAGGAGAUGGCCAAGCUGGAGUACCAGCGCCGGGAGGCCUUCAAGAGACAUGAGCGCCAGGCCCAGCACCGCUACCAGCAGCAGCAGCGGCGUAGGCGGGAGGAGGAGGAGCGACAGCGCCACGCGGAGCACCAUGCCCGGAGGGAGCGGGACGCCAGUGGCCGAGAGGAGGCUCGGGCUGAGGGCUCUGGGUUGGACCCUGCUGCCCCGGAGAAAACCUCGGCCAAGGCCAAGGGCAGUGGGGCAGGUGGCCACGGGCCAGAGCGACCCAAGCGCCCGGGGUCCCUGCUGGCACCUAACAACGUCAUGAAGCUGAAGCAGAUCAUCCCGCUGCAGGGCAAGUUCCUGUCGUCCGGGACCUCAUCCUCCUCGCCAGCCGCCACGGGGGCCAACCUCACCACCCGGUCAACCCCUGCCCAGUCGCCCACUGGCAGCGACACCCGCCUGCCAGCCUUCCUUAGCUUCAAAUUCCUCAAGUCACCUGAGACCCGGCGGGACCCAGAGCGUAGCCACUCUCCACCCAAGGCCUUCCACGCCGGCAAGCUUUUCCCCUUCGGCGGGGCCCGGGCGGAGGCCGGGUCCAACGGGGCGGGCGGGCAGGCCCGGCAGGACGGGACCCUCGGCGGUGGCGGUUGCCGAGCCCAGCGGAGUGGGCUGGCGGACGAGGCUGCAGCUGAGGAGCCGGACACACCCCGGCCCGAAGAGGAAAGCUCAGGGACAGCGCUGGCCCCCGUGGGCGCCCCGGCCCUCCGCACCCGCCGCAGCCGGAGCCCUGCGCCGCCGCCACCGCCGCCGACACCGCUGCCUCGGCCCCCGACGCCCCCAGCGGGCUGCUGGCAGUGGGACGGGCCGUGGGGCUGCGGGGGCGAGGGCGCCGCCCCGCGGCAGGCCCCUGCUGCCACCGACUGCCCGCCCUGCGCUCUCGCCGGGCCCCCGCCUGCCCCCCAGCCCCUGCCGGGGGACGCCAGCUUCUACAGCCUCCCGCCGCCGCCGCCGCCGCCUCCCACCUUCGAGCGCCCCCAGCCCCCGGCGCCCUCGCCCAGCCCCAGCUCCAGUCCCAGUCCUCAGGCCGUGUGCUGGCCCAGCGGCUGGCAUUAGCUCCGCCCGCCCUGCCUUCCUGUUUUCAUAUGCAAUAUCAGUCACAGACGGGGCGGCGACCGCCACCCAGGAGACACUUGGGCCGGCCCGAUGUACCCCAGUAUUGGCUGCCCCUCCUGGGGCAGGGCCAGGGGCCUGGGGCCCCUCUAUCUGCCGUUUUCCUUUCGACCAGGAUGGGGGAAAACGAAAGGAAACCCCCCCAAAAAACAACAGAA